AUGUCGCUCACGCCACCAUUCGAUUGGUAUAUGGUAUCAUGUGGUUUCAGUCUUGUGCAGAACAACGAAAAAGAAGCGCUACGGUCGUGGAAGACUGCGCUCGACCAUAUCUACUACCAUAAUGCUCGCCGCAAUCCCUCCACCUAUCGCCCCGCGUCCGAGACAGAGAGGGCACUCAUAGAGUCGCUGCGUCAACUGGAGCUGCAAUGCAAGGAGCGCGUGGAUCUCUUGGAGGCGCUGAAGAAGAGUCGGAAAGAGUCCAAGGAGAGCCAACCUUCUAGUACAACUGCGCCCGCCCCGCCUCCCCACGCUACACAAGCAUGGACUGUCAAAGCCACAUCCAAUUCCAGUAGGCCCAACCUGGGACCUUCAAACUCAUCAUCGGCUUCAUUACCUCAGUCAAGUCGCUCAUCCAUUGAUAGGCCGGCUGGUGAGAGGCCGAACGCGUACUGCUCAAAUUCCGAGUCAUACCAGCCGCACACACAGGCUCCAUUUUACUUUAGAGCUGGCGACGGUUCGGCUUCCACCGCCUACGCAGUGCCAUCCACGGGUGGAAGCGAACCUGAGCCAAUCAAGAUGCCCGGUCCUGAGCGCACACCACUGAUCCCUCGCAAGUCUAUCGAUACGGGUCGAACAUUGAAUGCGCAAGCACUACCUUCAUACAGGAAGGAGUAUCCCAAGCCUCCCCCAGACCCUCGUAAUCUCGCAGUUUCGGCAGCCGCCCGAUCCUAUAGUGACAAUAGUGGUGAACGAGCUGGGGUUAUGUGGGAUCCCACUACACGAAGAUUAGUACCAAAGUCGACAAACAGCUAUUCGCGCACACGAACAGAUUCAGACCAAGACGAGUCUGAAGCCAUACCACUCGAGGAGGAUGGCGAAAUGCUCAAACACAGACCAUCUCCAGUGCGCAAGGGCAGAGCCAGAGGAAAUUCGAUGCGUGCCGAACUGCCUGAUACCCCGAGCACAGAUAGUACUGAAGCGGAACUAGAGCCAGAAGAGAUGGACGAGUGGAAGCAAAGAACGGAGGAGAUAAUGAAGAUUCUUCCAAGAGGUGUCGACAGACAAGCUGCGCAGCAAAUCUUGAAUGAAAUAGUGAUACAGGGAGAUGAAGUACACUGGGACGACGUGUCAGGGCUCGAAGUUGCAAAAUCGGCAUUGAAAGAGACUGUGGUGUAUCCGUUCUUGCGACCGGAUCUGUUCAUGGGUCUCCGGGAGCCUGCACGUGGCAUGCUUCUCUUCGGGCCUCCAGGAACUGGAAAGACGAUGUUGGCCAGAGCGGUGGCCACCGAGUCCAAGUCCACUUUCUUCGCCAUUUCAGCUAGCAGUCUGACUUCGAAGUUUCUAGGCGAGUCUGAGAAGCUAGUUCGUGCGCUGUUCCAGCUUGCAAAAUUGCUUGCGCCGUCCAUCAUCUUCGUUGACGAGAUUGACUCCCUUCUUUCAUCACGCUCUAGUUCAGGAGAACACGAAGCUUCGCGUCGUAUCAAGACUGAGUUUCUCAUCCAGUGGUCUGACUUACAGAAGGCUGCUGCUGGCAGCGCACUUACUGACAAGGAGAAGGAAAAAGGCGAUGCUACAAGGGUGCUUGUGCUUGCAGCAACCAACCUGCCAUGGGCGAUCGAUGAAGCAGCUAGAAGGCGGUUUGUGCGAAGACAGUACAUCCCGCUCCCCGAAGGCUGGGUCAGAAAGCAGCAAAUGCAGACAUUGUUGAGCCAUCAGAAACACGAAUUGAGCGAUGAGGAUUUGGAUCAUUUGGUCACGCUCACAGAAGGUUUCUCUGGCUCUGAUAUUACUGCUCUUGCCAAGGAUGCUGCGAUGGGACCUUUGCGCUCGCUGGGUGAGAAGUUACUUUCUAUGACAAUGGAUCAGAUACGGCCGAUACAGUACCAGGAUUUUGUAGCUAGCCUUCAAACCAUUAGACCGUCUGUUAGUAAGCAGGGGUUGAAGGAGUUUGAGGAUUGGGCCACGCAGUUUGGUGAGCGUGGGGGUUGAAUAGUCACAAGGCUUGAUAGUAAGUAUAGUAUGCAUGGCACUGCGCCUGCAA